AGAUCUUUAUGAAAUCUUAUUUAUAUUAUAUCUUAUGAUCUAAUAGUUAAAUUAAAAAGAGAGAAAAUAAAUAUGUAUCAUAAUUUUUUUUUAUUGAAGAGGAUCUUAUAAAAUAUAUUUCCGAUUUUCUUUCUUUCUUUCGUGUCCUCCACUCCACUCUCGUGUCUCUGCGUCUCUCCACGCAGGAUAAUAAAUAGAUAAAUCCCCGAGCAAAAAUCGCGCACCUUCCCUUCGCGGCGCUUCCCCUCGCGCAGCCGCUUAUUUUGGCCGGCCUCAUAAAUUCGAAUCCCGAACGCGAGCUGCGGGGCGACUGCGGCCGUGGGAAAGGAGAGAAAGAAGAGGCCGACGCCGUCUUCUCUUCCUCGGGACGGGGGGAGGGAAGGAGGAGGAGCUCAGCUGACUCGCUAGGGUUUCCUCUCGGUGGCGCCGCCGGACCCGGACCCGGAGUUGACCCGUUGAGCCCUCGUUGAUGCCAGGAAGGUGCAGCCGUCGGUGAUUCCCCUUCGUCUCCGGCAGCCGCAUCUCCAUGCCGACCAUCACCCACUACGUGCUGGACCCCUUCCUGGAGACCGGGUCGCCUGCGCAGACCCAGAAGACCGCGUCCAACCUGCCACCGGCGCCUCCGGACAAGGCCACCGAGAAACCUAUACCUGUUCCGGCGGCUCCUGUUAGGUCGCAGACGUCGCCAGCAGCGCUGUACGCCACGCCUGAGAGCACGACCCUGCCAGACUCACCUUCCUCGUUCCCAGGAACCUGGUCUCCAUACCUCGUUAACCAUAAGCGGCGGGGGGCCUCCCUGGCCAAGACCCUUUCUCAGGGUGAUGUUGAGAGUGAGGGCAGGCAGCCGAAUCUCCCUACUACCCUACCUGCCUUGCCGAAAAGGAGUGAAUCCUUCGAAGUGCAGGAGCCUGAGUUUGCGUUUCAGAAAGCGGGCAAUGGUAAAGCUGAAGGUCAAAGUGGUGUGGAAGAGACUUUGAACGGGCAGAAUGGAAUGCUCCAGAAGGGCAAGGGCUCUGUGAAAGCUGAAAAUGAGCACUGUCAGCCUGAGUUUGAGUUUCAGCAUGGCAGUCUUGAUGCAUUAGUGAGGCCUGUCAAUGUUGGAAGGCCUUUGAAUGGUGAGAGUGAUGCCUUCUUCGAACUUCAGGAUUCCCUGAAUGUGACUAGUAACACCGAGACUGAUGAUGCUGGUGCUCAUGAGCGGUGGUGGAAGCCCAGUUCCCCUCUUGGAACGUCUGUUGGCACGCCUGGUGCUGAAUUCUACGAUGCAUUUGAAGAAAUAUCCAGUGAUGGUGGAACUCGGUCUUCACGGUGCAUGGAUGAUGACCUCCGUGAAAUGAGGUUAAGCCUUUUAAUGGAAAUUGAGAGGAGGAAGCAAGCAGAAGAAGCACUUGAGAACUGGCAAAAGGAAUGGAAGAAGCUGAGUCACUACCUAUCAUUUGUUGCCUUAUCACUUCCAUCUCCAAGUAUUGCUGAAAAUACUGGUGGUUCAAGUAUGGAUCCUGGAGCUGAGUUGUGCCAGCAAAUAACUAUUUCGCAACUUGUAGCUGCUGCUAUUGCACAGGGAUUAGCUCGUGCUGAAGUUGAAGUGGAGAUGGAAACCGUGAUUGCAGCAAAGAACUUUGAGAUCGCAAGGUUAUCAGAUAGGGUCCAGUACUAUGAAGCUGCAAACAGGGAGAUGUCUCAAAGAAACCAAGAAGCUAUAGAGAUGUCUAGGCAACAGCGGAACAAGCGUAAGAAUAGACAGAAGUGGUUCUGGGGUUCAGUUGGGCUUGCAGUCACCCUUGGUGCAACAGCCAUUGCCUGGUCCUACCUGCCUUCAUCAUCGCACCCCCAAGCCAGUCCAGACUCUAAUAGUGCCAGCAGCGACUAGAGCUAGAAUGAAGAUGUAUCUUCACCUUUCAGAAGCCUAACAAAGCUCUAACUAUACUUCUAGAGGAAAAAGGUUGUAUAACUUUCUCUUUUGGUGAUCGGCUGUGAUCACUACAAUGCUCAUUCGUUGCUUCCUCUGUAAAAAUGUCGGAUGGGCCAUCUCCGAUCAGGAUUGGCUUCAUUCCCUCACCGGAAAUCUCUCUUUGCAUAGCUGAUUGAGCAAAUAAUACGAGGAAUGUGGAUAUGGUUAGUAAUCCAUGCCCAGCUCAAGUGGAGUUGAUUGUCAACCGCAGUUUUGUUCUGUUCUUGUUCUGAAACUAUGAGAAGAUCAUGGAAGUUUUGCUGUUUCUGAGUUGCA